GAACUUUAUUAGCAGCCACUCGAUAGUUGCGGCUAUCAAGGACAGCAGUAGAGUGUGACUGGCAGGGGAGAGCCUCUGAUGGGCCUGAGUAGGCAGUUUGAUGCAGCCUGGACUGACUUUUUUUUUUUUUUUUUUUUUUUUACCUUUUGGAGCCACUCCUGGGAGAAAGUUGAAGAGGUGCACGUCUCUCAGCAAGUCCACUUGAAUCCGUCAACCGGCAGACAACACAUAACGUCGCGCUGAAACCCACCAUGGGCAAGACGGGACAUAGUACGGUGGACCUGAACUCCCCGUCUGACGUCAAACAAGCGGUUCCCUUCGAGGAACUGGACCCGGCGUCUCCCUCUAUGGACCGAGAGAUGAAAGAGGAGGAGCCCCCUGAUCGAGGAAGCUGGAAGGGCAAAUUUGACUUCCUGCUGUCCUGCGUGGGCUACGCCAUCGGCUUAGGGAACGUGUGGAGGUUCCCGUAUUUGUGCGGCAAAAACGGCGGAGGAGCCUUCCUGAUCCCGUACUUUAUGACGCUGGUGUUUGCUGGCAUUCCGCUCUUCCUCCUGGAGACGUCCCUGGGACAGUUCACCUCGGUGGGAGGCCUAGGAGUGUGGAAGCUCAUGCCCAUGAUGAAAGGCGUGGGUCUGGCUGCAGUGGUUCUGUCCUUCUGGCUCAACAUCUAUUACAUCAUCAUCAUCGCAUGGGCACUCUACUACUUGUUCAACUCCUUUGGUUCGGAGCUCCCAUGGCAAAACUGCGACAAUCCCUGGAACACGGAUCGAUGUUUCUGCAACUACAGCCUGAAUGACACCACCAACCUAACCAGCGCCGUCACAGAGUUCUGGGAGCGAAACAUGCACCAGCUGUCCGGUGGUCUGGAGGAGCCAGGAGAGCUGCGUUGGCCCCUGGUGGGCACCCUGGCACUGGCUUGGGUCCUCGUCUAUUUCUCAAUCUGGAAGGGAGUGGAGUGGACGGGGAAGGUGGUGUACUUCUCAGCCACUUAUCCUUACUUCAUGCUCUUCAUUCUGUUCUUCCGAGGCAUCACCCUGCCUGGAGCCAUCGACGGCAUCCGCUUCUACAUCACCCCGGACUUUAAUAAGCUCACACGCUCAGAGGUGUGGCUGGACGCCGCCACUCAGAUCUUCUUCUCGUACGGUCUGGGCCUGGGCUCGCUCAUCGCCCUGGGGAGCUACAACAACUACAACAACGACGUCUACAAAGACUCCAUCAUCGUGUGCUGCAUCAACUCCUGCACCAGCAUGUUUGCAGGCUUCGUCAUCUUCUCCAUCGUGGGCUUCAUGUCCUUCAUCACCAAGAAGCCCGUGCACGAACUCGCCGCUUCAGGUCCCGGUUUGGCGUUCUUGGCCUACCCUCAGGCGGUCACCCAGCUGCCCAUGUCGUCUCUGUGGGCCAUCCUCUUCUUCUCCAUGCUCAUGAUGCUGGGCUUGGACAGUCAGUUCUGCACGGUGGAAGGUUUCAUCACAGCUCUCAUGGACGAGUAUCCCCUUCUGCUGAGGAAGAGGAAGAAGGUCUUCAUUCUCAUCGUGUGCUUCAUCUCCUUCAUCAUCGGCUUCUCCAACAUCACGCAGGGGGGACUGUACGUCUUCAAGCUCUUCGACUACUACUCGGCCAGCGGGAUGUGCCUCCUCUUCCUCGUUUUCUUCGAAACGUUCUCCAUAGCUUGGUUGUACGGGGCCGAGAGGUUCUACAAGGACAUCGAGGACAUGAUCGGCUAUCGGCCGUGCGCCUGGUGGAAACUUUGCUGGAUGUAUUUUACGCCGCUCAUCUGCCUGGGCGUGUUUACCUUCAGCGCGGUGGAGAUGACGCCUCUGACUCUGGGAAACUACGUUUAUCCUGUUUGGGGUCAAACUGUGGGCUGGUUGAUGGCUACGUCCUCCAUGGUCCUCAUCCCUGGUUAUGUCAUCUACAUGUUCUGCAGCACGCCGGGAACACCCCAGCAGCGCUGGAAGAGGAUGACAACGCCCCGGGAGGACAAACCAUCAGGUCACGACCUUAGUACUCACACUGUUGGCGAAGCCCUUGUCUAACACUCGUAUCGCAAAUAUUAUAUAUAAAUAUAUAAAUAUUCACCCUAAACUUCUUAAUUGUUCACUGCUUCAACAUGCAAACCACGACAAAAAGUGUCAUUAAAUGUCAAUAAGGGUUUUGUGUUUUUUUUGUUUACAUGAAAGAACAAAUUGCCCCCAAAAAUUAUAAACUACAAAAACUUUUUUUUUUUCCAGGAAAAUAAAUAAUUAAGUAUUUUUCGGACUGAGUAGAGUAGAUAAAAUGUGUACCUGAUGAAGUGUUGUGUGAGAUGUCAUACAAAAAAGUACUUGCAAAUAGCUUUUGUAAAGGAACAUUUUAUUAGUUGAAUCAAUCAUGAGCAAUAAGUAUUUUCAUUUGGGGCGUCCUCGUACAACUUGUUCAUUUCCAAUACAAUAAUGACAUUGAAGUUUUCAGUAUUGACCGAUACUUGCAUUGAUCUGAUAGGAUAUCAGCAAGAAUCAUAGCUACUUGUAUUAUUUGGCAGUGUGGAAUAUUGGAAAGGGUUUGUUCAACUGAAAUGAGUGAAACAGAGAGAAAUGGGGGGGGGGAUGAAACUAUUUAUUAUUAACCGUCUGGAAUGUACUUAUGCUGUCUUUAAGGUGAAGUGGAGGUAUUAUUGUUUUUUGGCAACACUUUGUGGUCACAAUAGUUCAUGAAGUUAAAGGGGAACAUUAUCACCAGACCUAUGUAAGCGUCAAUAUAUACCUUGAUGUUACAGAAAAAAGACCAUAUAUUUUUUUUAACCGAUUUCCGAACUCUAGAUAGGUGAAUUUUGGUGAAUUAAACGCCUUUCUAUUGUUCGCUCUCGGAGCGAUGACGUCACAACGUGACAUCACCUAGGUAGUCAAUCUGCCAUUUUCUCAAACACAUUAAAAACAUCGAGUCAAAUCAGCUUUUUUAUUUUCCGUUUUUUCGACUGUUUUCCAUACCUUGGAGACAUCAUGCCUCGUGGAUGUGUUGUCGGAGGGUGUAACAACACGAUCAGGGACCGAUUCAUGUUGAUUUAUGUGGAGUGUGCAUCGAUUAGCAUGGCAUGCUAAUCGUUUGGUCUGCACAUUUUACCGGCGAUGCUACGACAGACAUAGCACAGAGAUGUAUGGAUAUACUGUGAAACUCAAAGCAGAUGCAUUUCCAACGAUAAAGUCAACAAAAUCAAAAAGGUGAGUUUUGUUGAUGUUAUUGACAUAUGUGCUAAUCAGACAUAUUUGGUCGCGGCAUGACUGCCAGCUAAUCGAUGCUAAAAUGCUAUUCAGGCUAGCUGUAUGUACAUUUGUAGCUAUAUUUGCAUCCAGCCUUUCCCUCCACCCACAUUUAAUGCCAAACAAACACUUACCAAUCGACAGAUUUAAGUUGCUCCUGCACAUAUUACCGGAAAUGCUACGACAAACAUGGCCCAGAGAUGUAUGGAUACCCUGUGACACUCAAUCGUUGGUUAGAAAGCGAUCGCCGAAUAGCUUCAAUAGCAGAUGCAUUUCCAACGAUAAAGUCAACGAACUCUUCCGCCAGACCGCCUUUGAAUGUGCCGGAGUGUCUGCACAUUUUACCGGCGAUGCUAAGGCAGACAUGGCACAGAUAUGUAUGACCUGCAGAUGCAUUUCCAACGAUAAAGUCAACUAAAUCACAAAGGUGAGUUUUGUUGAUGUUAUUGACUUACUGUAUGUGCUAAUCAGACAUAUUUGGUCGCGGCAUGACUGCCAGCUAAUUGAUGCUAACAUGCUAUUUAGGCUAGCUGUAUGUACAUUUAAAACUAUAUUUACAUCCGGCGUUUCCUUCCACCCACAUUUAAUGCCAAACAAACACUUACCAAUCGACAGAUUUAAGUUGCUCCUGCACAUAUUACCGGAAAUGCUACGACAGACAUGGCCCAGAGAUGUAUGGAUACCCUGUGACACUCAAUCGUUGGUUAGAAAGCGAUCGCCGAAUAGCUUCAAUAGCUAUUCGCUCAAUAUCUUCAGUUUCUUCUUCAAUUUCGUUUUCUCUAUCUGCCUCCACACUCCAACCAUCCGUUUCAAUACAUGCAUAAUCUGUUGAAUCGCUCAAGCCGCUGAAAUCCGAGUCUGAAUCCGAGCUAAUGUCGCUAUAUCUUGCUGUGCUAUCCACCAUGUUGGCAUCACUAAAUGACGUCACAGGAAAAUGGACGAUGGAUUUAAAGAUAGCGAAAAUCAGGCACUUUAAAGCCUUUUUUCGGGAUAUUCCAUGAUGGGUAAAAUUUUGAAAAAAACUUUGAAAAAUAAAAUAAGCCACUGGGAACUUAUUUUUAUUGUUUUUAACCCUUCUGAAAUUGUGGAUCAUGUUCCCCUUUGAGGGCAAACGUUGAAUGAUACAAACACGUUUGUUACUGGGUACUCUCUAAUAGGCUUCUGCCUUGGAUGUGUAUGUGUAAGUAAUAUGUAAUUAUGAUCAUUUGAUACUAGUUUUUUUGACUAAUGUGAUUGUUCUUUGAAAAACAUUUGUAAUGUAUGUCGAACUUAUGUGCUUUUCUGUGUUUAGCUGUUGUGUAGCAGACAUAUAUUUAUUAUCAAUAGACCUGUACAAUGUAUAUGUAUUAACUCAAGUGGGUGCUGUGGCCAUUCAGAAUAAAGGGUCAUUCCACUGAAU